GUCUAAAACGACAAUUGAGAGCUCAUUGUCCGAUUCCAGCAACAUUCAAAAAGAUGGCGUUCCUCACCCAACUUUGAUAUGGUGCUUCACUCACUUGCACGCGCCGCCCUGUCACACGAGGCUACGACACUUGCUACCGCUUCCCAUCUCUUUUACUUCUUUCCCUCUUUUCCUUUUUGUUUUCCUUCUUUUUAGCUUCUUUCUCUCUGCUUUCUCUAAUUUUUUCUCUCUCUUUCUGCUUUCUUCUCUUUAUUUCCCUUCCUUCUCUCUCUAAUCAAUUUCACUGCCACCCACCACCACUAACACCAGUAGCACCACUUCUCUCUGACCACCGUCCCUUUCUAGUUUCUAUCUAUUUCAAAGAUCUGAAACUGUAGAGGAGUGAGUGGUAAUUUAUGAAUCCACAGCUUCUGAUGAUUAUAAGAUGGGCGGAGUCACCUCGUCAAUCGCCGCAAAGUUUGCUUUUUUCCCGCCAAAUCCGCCUUCAUACACUGUGGUAGCCGACGAGUCCAGCCCCGGCAAACUGUCCAUUCCGGAGGUUCCGAGAAUAGACGAGGUGGAUAUCCUUAAGCUCCGGACUCGCCGGGGAAACGAAAUCGUGGCCGUCCAUAUAAAGCAUCCUAGAGCAUCAGCAACUCUGCUAUAUUCACAUGGAAAUGCAGCUGAUUUAGGACAAAUGUUUGAGCUUUUCGUCGAAUUGAGUAAACGCCUUCGUAUUAAUCUCAUGGGGUAUGACUACUCUGGCUAUGGACAAUCAAGUGGAAAGCCAACUGAAUGUAAUACAUAUGCUGAUAUAGAUGCAGCAUAUAAUUGCCUCAAAGAACAGUAUGGGGUUAAAGAUGAACAGUUAAUACUGUAUGGUCAGUCUGUUGGUAGUGGCCCCACAGUUGAUCUUGCUUCACGGUUACCAAACUUGAGAGGUGUGGUUUUACAUAGCCCAAUUUUGUCUGGAAUGCGGGUAUUAUAUCCAGUCAAGAGGACAUACUGGUUUGACAUUUACAAGAAUAUUGACAAAAUUGGAAUGGUGAACUGUCCUGUUCUAGUAAUUCAUGGAACAGCAGAUGAAGUUGUUGAUUGCUCUCAUGGGAAACAGCUUUCGGAGCUUUGCAAGGAGAAGUAUGAACCAUUGUGGAUAAGCGGGGGCGGACAUUGCAAUCUUGAGCUUUAUCCAGAAUUCAUCAGACAUCUGAAGAAGUUUGUGCUAUCGCUAGGAAAAUCAAAAGCAGCCACAAAUGGCUCUAAAAAGACAACUGUGUCAGAAAAUCAGAACAAACCAUCUGAGAGCGGAAGUUCAGAUACUUUCGAAUUGGGUGCUGACCUUCCUGAAAUCUCUAGAAAUAGUUUAGAUAGUAGGCUUGAGAAGUCUAAGAAGCCAGAUAAACCUGAAAAAUCCCGGAUGAGCACCGACCGUGUUGAUAGAUUUAGGAGAAGAAAAGGCUUGGUCUGGUGAUUGCUUACACGAAGAGCUCCAAUAAAAUAUGUGCAUGGAUCCACUUGAGAAGGUAGUGUAUUUUUCACUCUUGCUUUUGUAACGAGCAACAAGUUUCAUAUUAAAUCAUUGCUUCUGAGUGUAA